ACCUGUUUUUCUGUGUACGUGGGAUAGGGGACAGUACCUGGGAUGGGAAGAGGAGAGCCCCAUUUACAGUGGAGAAGUAGUAGCUGCUUCACAUGGGGACUUCUUAGACACUGAGCUGUACAAAAGAAGAUCAAAAUUAUUGUAAGCCAUGGCGCAAGCUGAGAAGAAAGGCGGAUUGCUUCGGAAAUCUUCAGCUAGUAAGAAACCCUUGAAAGAGAAGGUUGUGCUAAUGUAUGAUGAGAUCUUUACGACAGAGGAUCCCAGUAAAUGCAGUCCUCGGUUUUGGGAGGAGCUCUUCCUCAUGAAGGUGAACUUGGAGUACCUGGAAGGGAAGCUGGAGUCUCUAGAUGGUGAAGAGCUGAUGAAGAUAAAAGAUAAUAUUAACUGUUUGUUCCAGCGCUGCAUCCGGGCUUUGGGAGAAGAACAUCCUAUCAGAGUGGUCAAUGCAUUACAGACACUGUGUGCACUGAUCCGUGGAGUUCAUCAGAAGAACAAAUCCACAUCUGGCUUUGACAUCAUCAACAUGUUAAUGGGUUUUGACAAGGCUGAACUGUGUAUGAAGAAUCUGAUGGAGAGUCUGGAUGCUCUGCUAUGUGCAGAAGGCUCUGAAAGUCUCAAGAAUUUGUGCCUGAAGCUAUUACUCUGUUUGGUGACUGUGACGGAUAACAUCAGUCAAAACACAAUUCUGGAGUAUGUGAUGAUUAACAGCAUCUUUGAAGCUAUCUUACAGAUCCUCUCCAGUCUUCCCAGUCGCAGGGAACAUGGUUAUGAAGCUGUUGUCCUGCUUGCCUUAUUAGUAAACUACAGAAAAUAUGAGUCUGUGAAUCCUUAUAUAGUGAAGCUGUCCAUCAUAGAUGAUGAGGCCACCCUCAAUGGAAUGGGUCUUGUAGUUGCUCAGGCUUUAUCAGAAUACAACCGGCAGUAUAAAGACAAGGAAGAAGAACACCAGAGUGGCUUUUUCUCAGCCUUGACCAACAUGGUGGGCAGCAUGUUCAUAGCUGAUGCAGAUGAGAAAAUCUCCGUUCAAACCAAUGAGGCUAUCCUUUUGGCUCUUUAUGAAGCUGUUCACUUGAACCGAAACUUCAUCACUGUAUUGGCACAGAGUCAUCCUGAAAUUGGUUUGGUGACAAUGCCAGUAAGCCCAACGACCCCGACAACUCCAGUCACUCCUCUUGGGACCACACCACCUUCUUCGGACGUUAUAAGCACCGUGGAGCUGCCUCUGGAUGCCGACGUGCAGACCAGCAACCUGCUGAUAACUUUCUUAAAGUACAGCUCCAUUGUAAUGCAGGACACCAAAGAUGAACACCGGCUCCACAGUGGCAAGCUCUGUCUGAUUAUCUUGACCUGCAUAGCAGAGGACCAGUAUGCUAAUGCUUUUCUGCAUGAUGACAACAUGAAUUUUCGAGUAAACCUCCACAGAAUGCCUAUGAGACACAGAAAGAAAGCUGCUGACAAGAACCUUCCCUGUCGGCCUCUGGUUUGCGCAGUGCUGGAUCUGAUGGUGGAAUUUAUCAUUACACACAUGAUGAAAGAGUUUCCCAUGGAUCUUUAUGUACGCUGCAUUCAAAUAGUGCACAAGCUGCUUUGCUACCAGAAGAAAUGCAGAGUGAGGCUUCAUUACACUUGGAGGGAACUCUGGUCAGCUCUGAUUAAUCUAUUGAAGUUUCUCUUGUCCAACGAGACUGUUUUGCUGGCAAAACACAACAUCUUUACAUUGGCUCUCAUGGUGGUAAACCUGUUUAACAUGUUCAUCACUUAUGGAGAUACCUUCCUUCCGACUCCUAGCAGCUAUGAUGAGCUAUACUAUGAAAUCAUCAGAAUGCACCAGAGUUUUGAUAACCUGUAUUCUAUGGUUUUGAGGCUAUCUACCAAUGCUGGCCAGUGGAAGGAGCCAGCCAGCAAGGUGACACAUGCGUUGGUCAACAUAAGAGCCAUUAUCAACCAUUUCAAUCCAAAGAUAGAGUCUUACGCAGCUGUGAAUCACAUCUCACAGCUUUCAGAAGAACAGGUUUUGGAAGUGGUGCGCUCCAACUAUGACACCCUCACCCUAAAGUUGCAGGAUGGGCUGGACCAAUAUGAACGUUACUCGGAGCAACACAAAGAAGCUGCUUUCUUUAAAGAACUGGUUCGAUCCAUCAGCAUCAAUGUCCGGCGAAAUCUGGCCUUCAACACUCUCAGCCAGGAGACCUUGCUUAAAGAAUUCUCAACCAUCUCCUGAAGCGGAGUUACCAUCCUGCUUCCUGGCCAGUCCUGGCAUCACUGAGUCCCUUUCCCCAGCAUUGGCUGUAACUCCUGAUUGUGGGGUGGUCUAUCCCUAGUGCUUGUGUGGUUUCCCCCAGGAAUCAUCAAGGGAAGAACUGGACUUGUCCCACAUUCCUGAGCACAGAGAACUGGUGAUGUUGACUACACUGUGGAGUUGGGAGUGAGGAAGAGGAAUAUGUAGUUACCACUUUUUCUCGCUUUUCUCUGUGCAGCAACUAUUGUGCAGGGGUAAGAGUUUUCCCCCAAGUGAGCAAAAUUAGAGCAAAACAGUGUUGUUGGGAGAGCUCAUCCUUCUGAUCCUCUGCAGCCUGUCUGAUGAUGGACAGAUGCCGAGGAAGAGAAAGUAGUGCAGGCCAUGGGAACUAAGUCCUUUAUAAUAAUGGGCAGAUUGACUGAACUUCUGUCUAUAAGUUAUCUGCUUGACUUGGGUGCGUUGCAUCUGUUGCCCAUGUGUAUUGCCAGUCCCAUCUCAAACUGGUGUGGAAAUUACCAGCUGAAGUCUCUGCCCUUCACUCUGAGUUAGGGCCUCCUGACUGAAUGGUGCUUCCAAGAGAUUCUCUUCAAGAGGUUUCGCAGUGUCCUGCCUAAAACACUUGGUCUCCGGAGUUCCUGAACUAAGAGGUUACCUCUAUGAGCUCACCUCUGCUAUUCCUACUGCCCUGUUCUAAGACUCUGGAGAUUAAGGAUAUGAAUAUAUGCCAUUGAUUCCCCACCCCCACCCCAUAGGACCAAUAAAAGAGAGUGCCCUCUGCUUUUAUUGCUAAUACAGUUGUUGUGUAUCAGAGGGAACCCGUUUCCCCCUGAUUCCAGUAGGUUAACUAAGCUCCUACAUUAGGUUCUUCAGCACCUCUCCACUGGCCUGAUACUCCUAGAUCCCCAAGGUGCGGAUAUGGUGACCAAGUGCUCCUAUCCACAUUUUCAGUGUCUAGUUCAUUCAACACGUACACUGCCUAUGCCAAAUUUCACAUUGACUGAAGCAGGAACUGCUUAGCUCACCUUCCCUUCCUCUGUCAAAGUCUACCUUCUCUGUGCUCCGAUAAAGUGCUUCAUUGCAUAGGUAGAAGUAGGGAAUUAAUUAGUUGGGUGUAUCUCGCAGCAUUUUAGGGGAAAAGAAGCCUGGGAUGGGGCAAAUCAGUGUUCUACAUCUCUGGCAUUCUGUUCUAUACUCUUGUCCACCAAGGGCUGCAACGGCAGAUUACAGGACAUGUUUGUUCAGUCAGCUGUCCCAUAGAUUUUUGUUAUCCUUUUUCUAGAAAUAUAGGACUGUGCUCUGUUGGGAAGCCAGGAAUUGGUCAUACCUUUGGUACUGUACUCAGACUGGAAAUCUCAAUCAGAUGAGCUCUAAAAUUUAGAGUCUGAAUUCUUAAUUAAAACGUUGGGAGUAUUUGGCACAGUAUCUGUUGCAGGGGGUUGUCUCCUACCUGCAUAUUAUCUUCCAGGCUGCAGAACCAUGUCCAAUGGAUGCCAACAGGAUUCGGCAAGCAGGUAUACAGGCACCCUUACUGGGCUCUUUCCUGGUGUAUGUUGGUUAUUAUUCAGAACAGACUGCCAUCUUGUGUGAUUCCUCUGUUCUUUUUGGACUCCGAUGAGAACCUCCCUUCCCCAGUACGUGGAUGGAUCUCAGCCAUGCUUAGCAGUGGACUCUGAGGCCAGAAUUUCAAGGAAGAAUUCUUUUUUCCCCCUCUAGAAGAAACACUAUGAACACCUUGCUGCUGAAAUAGCACCUGUAAGAUGAUGUAUAUAGAAUUUGGCAGUAAGGGGCCAGGGAGGGGUGUGGCGCCUCUGAUCACUCUAUUGUGUGCAGUGUAUCUUUUUGUGCUCUUUUGGGGGAGAGGUAAUAAAUUAUUACUACUCUUAA